AUGCAAAGCGAAGACGCCUUCACCCUCAACAUCCUGACAUCAGAAGGUAUCACGCCAGACUUCCAAGUUGUGGUCUUGUUCUGGGUCUAUGGCGGUGCCUUGAACGGAGGUUCGAGCGAUUCGAUUAUGUUCGACGGCACCGAAUGGAGUCGCGCGGAAGCGAGCCGAGGAAAGAAGUCUAUCGUCGUCACGGCCAACUACCGCACCAAUAUCUGUGGCUUCUUCAGCGCGGGGCCGACGUCAAGGCGGUCGACGAGUUGGGACUCUCGGGGAACUACGGAGCGUACGAUAUCAUUCACGCGCUGACGUGGGUAAGUGCGCAGUGCCCGUUGCCAAGUGCAUGCUAGUCAAAGCUGUCACCAGGCUCGCGGAUGGAAGAUGGGCCCAUUAUUGAUCGAGGGGUCCGUUGAAAUGGCCCCCCAGUUCAGGAAAAUAUCGCUGCCUUCGGUGGUGACCCAAACAAUGUGACCCUGUUCGGAAAAGCGCGGGGGCUUUCCUCGUCAGCGCGAUGCUCGUCUGCGGCAAGCGACUAUUCCGUCGUGCGAUCAUGCAGUCCAGCGCGGCAGAAACUAUGGUAACAGUUCGAGCUCAGCUUCUCUCAUCUACGCGUUCAAGCACCUUCUGACUCGUAGUUGUUACCACAGGCAACGUUCCCGUUGGACCAUGCCUACGCGGCCUAUUCCGCCGUCCUCGCAAGUCACGCCCCCGACGCUGCCACAUCCAAAGACAGGAUUGACCAGCUCCGUGUUCUUCCCAUCGAUGAGCUGAUCGAAACCCAUCGCGUGAACUACACUUUCUAUGGUGUGGCCCUCACAAUCGAAGAUGGUCCCCAUGCAAUCUGGACCGAGAACGUGAUCGAUCGGCUUGAACGUGGGGAAUGCAGUGGGACGAAUGGGUCGAGGCGGUGAUCAUUGGCACGAAGGAGCACGAAGGAGCUACGGCGGCGGUUUUCAUGCAGGUGCGCGCCAAAUCUGCCCUACAGAGCUGAACGUUCACCGUGUACGAUGAACUCAUUCAAAAUGGAUUGUAUCAACAAUCACCAGGCAGACACGGCCGCCGGCUUUUCAAGGCUUGUCUCGACAUUCCCCUCGUCGCUACAGACGGAGAUCAAUCAGAAGUACCUUGAGGACGGUCGAUGCCCAGCCGAGUGUGAGCUUUAUGCCACACCAGUGGCAGGGAGCCAAACUGUUGGGGGACAAAUUGUUUUUCACCCCAGCUUGGCGCCAAGCGCGAGCGCUCGCUCGUCAGCCCAACAAGAAGAGCGGGCGUGAGACGCGCGUGUACAUGUAUCGCUUCAGAGAAGUCAACGAUCGUCUUGCCAAAGCCCUGCCGCUAAACGUUGGAUCUGCGUCAGUCCGUGCCUAUCCUGGGAUUCGAACAAGAGCGUCGGCUGAUCGUCCUCCUCCCCUGCUUGUACCAAUUCCGUCCGCGGUAGACAUGCACUCGAGAUUGCCUUCGUCUUCAACGUCGAGACUGCCUGGGAUGAGGGAAGUCACGAGUCCAAGACAGCGGCCGUCAUGGGUUCGUUGUGGUCUGAGUUUGCCAUCAACGGCAGCCCUGGUAAGGCCCUAAUGCACCAGAUCACAGGACGCUGAUCUCCCCCGCGCCUGCCUACUGAAGCUCCGUGUGUGCCCCUUCAGGUCCGAACUGGGCCCUGGCGACCAUUCACAUCCGAACAGCCGUCUUGGCUGGCGAUCGAAUCAGGAGGCAAGAUCAAGAACGAGUCCUUGGUUGAUUACCAAGACACUUUGGUGGACUUCACAGGCAGGAAUUUCGCCACUUGA